UCACGCGCGCGCAGCUCUCGCGAGCUGUCAAGAAAAGAAGGUCGAAGCGAGUGCAAAAUGGCGUCCCGUGAGCCGGGCAGUUCUGUAAAGCUGCCUCCCUGGGCUGCUGCUGCCCUGCUCCUGGCUCUGAGCGUGGAAAGGGCUCUGGCGCUCCCCGAGGUACAGAAGAAAGCAGAGAUAUGCACCCAGUGUCUGGGAAAUGUGCAAAAUUUGUCCAAAGUAGCCGUUUAUUGUAUGAAGACGUCAGAGCGAGUGCUGCAGGCCCGCUGCUGCCUGAAUCAGAAUGGCACCAUCUUGGGGCUGGAUCUCCAGAACUGUUCUCUGAAGGAUCCUGGUCCAAACUUUACUCAGGCACAUACUGCUGUUGUUAUAGACCUUCAAGCAAACCCCCUGAAGAAUGACUUGGCCAACACCUUCCGUGGCUUUACCCAGCUCCAGACUCUGGUACUACCACCAGAUGCCAUCUGUCCUGGAGGUAUUACUGCUUGGGAAAAUGUUACCUCUUUUGUAGACAGCCAAAUCUGCCAAGGGCAAAAGGACCUUUGCAAUAGCACUAGGGAUCCAGAAAUAUGCCCUGAGAAUGGAUCUUGUGUAGCUGAUGGUCCUGGUCUUUUGCAGUGUGUUUGCACUGAUGGCUUCCAUGGGUACAAAUGUAUGCGCCAGGGCUCCUUCUCAUUGCUUAUAUUCUUUGGGAUUCUGGGAUCCACCACAUUCUCCAUCUCCAUUCUACUUUGGGGAACCCAACGCCGAAAAGCCAAGACUUCAUGAACCGUGUAGGGUUUCCAGUUGUCCUGAGAUCAUCCUGCACUAUCACAGUUCAGCCGUGGAGGCUGGCUUGCGCCGCAAGCUAUCAUUGACUAGCAGAUCCUCCUCAAAGCUGAAGCUGCCCCUAAUGAUGAAGGAAGAUGUAAAAUUGCACCACCUUGGGGUACUGUGGACAUUCGGGUCAGGAGUGGAUUAGUACCACUUCCCCUUGUGUUAUUGAUUACAAUAAAUUUUUUUUUUUUUUA